AUGGUGAUGUUCGGCUCAGAGUCCGAACCAAACCGAACCGAGCUGAGGGAAGGACCCGGGUCAAGCUACACAGGGGGUGAGGGGGUUGGAGGUUCGGUUCUCUGAGUCUAACAGGAAGCAGGCAGCUUCCGGUUCGGCGGCUGAUCCAGAUCCAGCUGCGGGAACGGAACAGAACCGGCAGCUGAGUGACGUAAAAGCACACAAACUUUACCCAGAGCCAGCGAGAGCCAAUCAGAGAGCAGCCUGGGGUCACAUGGUCCAGGGCGUAGAAACGGGUUCUGGUCCCGGUGGGUCAGCCAUCAUGGACGGCCUAACAGGGUAACCCGCAGGUUAGAAGAUUAAUAUAAUUAUGGUCUUGUUGUUGUGUCUGACCGUCACCAUGAUAACAAGAACCUGGCUUCAUCUCUUUCCUUUCAUUAGCAGAAAAACUAGAAGAACGAAACCUCGUCUGUCCUCCAGAGUCCGGACCAGUUCGGAGAACAAGUUCUGGCAUUUCUGCUCUUUUCUUCUUCUCUGUUCUGUUUGCUGGGCUUUGCUGUACCAUUCUGCCCCCAGUGCCCCCAGAGGUUACUGCUGGUACUGUUCCGUUUGGAUAGCCACAUCUUGCCGACGUUCCCACUGAGUGGUACGGUUCAGCGUUUUUAUGGUCCAGCGUAUUCAGGAGAACGUUUCCACCAUCGGGUGGAACUCUGACUGGGCACACAAACCCAAACAUGUAGGGUUGCAUCAUGCUAGCACCACGACAAACUUGACGCACUACCACGUCUGGUAAUGUUUCUCCAUCCUCAGUAGUCGGUGUUGUGUGACGCCAGUAGCUCCACCCUAACCGGACUGUACCUUGAGCUUUGGACCUACACUAACAGGGGACCAUGCAUGGUGAGGUACGGGUCGGUUGGGCAGGGAAACAGAACAGCGCUGUCCCAUCAGCAGAUUGGAAGAUAUUCAGGUGUUCAGGUUGUGUAAACCGUUGUGGUUGGGAUGGAGCAGAGUCCUGGCUUUACUUCCUCAUGGCUGUGGAGACCAGCAGCCUUUGGGUUGAGGUACCAGAACCAGUGAGUGGAUUGGUUCAUCCAAACUGGGUUUGAUGGUAGAGGAGGCUGCCUCAGGCUGCUGUCCUAUUGGCCUAUGGCAGCAUGAUGAAUCGGGACCCAGAGGUUCUGAGCCUGGCUCCACAGACAUCUUCUAUCUCCAGAGGCCAUUCGAGUUGGACCUCGAAGGUUCCAGAAAGUACCAGGACCGGCUGCCGCUCUCACGGUGGCAGUUUAUUGGCUGAUUCUGAUCUCUGUUUAGGAUGGAAGCUCCCCCCACGUUGCCUCUUCCAUCCGCCUGCUGAUGGUUAAGGAUCGCACCCAGUGAAGGAGUUCCAGGGUUCCGGGUCCAUCCUUUCCUCUAACAGAAACGGAACAAAGCCCAGUUGGUACCAGAGGUUGAGCACCCCCUGCAGGCCGCCAUGGGAGCUGCAGCUGCCUGAGUGUCUGGCCUGUUGGAUGGCUGCAGGUGAGAAACACUGGAGGGUCUAUGAAGUGGCUCAGCAGGUGAGGAACACCUGGUGGCGCUCCACAGGUGAGCCGGGCUCCGUGGACAGGACCGGAGCGACGAGGGGGCGGAGUCACAUGGGAAGUGCAUGCCAUGGAGGUCAAAGGUCAACUCAUUUUAGCACCUGAGCCCCUCACCUGUCCAAGCAGGAAGCAAAAAGAGCGAAUGGCGGAGCUGCAGGAGAGGAGGCGGAGCCUGCAGGUUCUACUGAGCGCACGAUUGGCCGAGCUGAGGCGGAUCUGCCUCCAGGAGGCGGAGCUGACAGGUGCAGUGCCCAGCGACUUCCCCCUGGAGGCGGGCGAGAAGCCGCCCUGUGUCCGCAGACGAGCGGCGCCGACCCACCAGGGGAACAGGAAGUGUCGAGCGGAGGAAGAAGACGGCCAGCGGCCCAAACCCAGAAAGACGCUGUUCAGCGCCGCGCUGAGGAAACACAGCGACUCUGAGAACGGCACACACACUCACACACACACACACCACGGCAAGAGGACAGUGCACCGGGGUUGCCACACAGAUGAUACAGUGAGAUCAGAGAGCAGCUCCACGUCAGACUCAGCAGGAAACGACAACGACAACGGUGGGUCUCAGUGUCGCUCCCUGCUGGUUUCUGCUGGAUCUCCUGUGGAGGUUUUCAACCAGAACAAACCCAAGAAGUCGUCAGUGCUCAGCAGGACUGAACACCGUGAGAACACCAAGCCCCCUCCUCUGCCCCCCUCGCAGCCUUCCCCUCUUCCUCCUCGCUCCCAGGACUCCUCCUCCUCCUCCGACGCGGGGCGGGAGGCGGGCUGUCGGGCGUCGCGCCAGAGCAACGGCUCCGACAGCCUCCUGACCCACAGCACCCCCCCGGAGGACGAAGACGAGGGCGGGGCCCAGCAGGGGCCGCUGCGGCCCAACGGAGCCACCGUUUCCAGGGGAACGAACGCGGCCGGGUCAUUCUGGAGCUCUGAGUCGCUGACGGAGCGACGCGGCAGAAACCACCCCGCGGCCCCAGAGGGGGGGGUCCGCGUCCGAGGGGGGGGCUACAGCGAGGUUCUGCUGGACUACGUCUGGGAGAAGCAGCGGCAGCUGCAGCGCCAGCAGUCGCAGCCCAGCAGGCCGCUCCACAGCGCCGGCUCCGCCCAGCAGCCCACGGGAGCCCCGCCCGUCUACCGCGGUCACCACGGCGACCAGCGCAGAGUCACCGUCACCCGCACCAAGUCCUGCGGCCCGUUCCUGCCAGUGCAACAGAACCACGGUGACAUCACCAAACAGGUUCCGCCCGCCAUCCAGCCAGACCCCCACCCCCACCUCCUGCCCCCCCGCCCACCGCAGCUGCCCCCCCAGCAGGACUCGCAGCUGGAGGAGGCCACCCGAAGCCUCCACAAGGCCCUGGCCCUGGAGGGUCUGAGGGACUGGUACCUGAGGAACACCUUAGGAUCCACCCACCAGAACCAGGCCGGUGGAAAGGUCUCGUCAGCUGCCAACACUAAGCCGAGUGGUGGGGUCAAAGGUCAGACCGGAGGGGUUGGCGCCCUGCAGCAAAGACGCACGGCCCACGGAGUCCUCCAGCAGUCGACCUAUCAGAGUCAUCACUACGCCGCGCCGCAUCACAAGCAGACGCUGCCGCACUCCGCCACGUUCCACGGACAUCCGCUGCACGGGAGGUCUGUGGACGGCUCGCUCUACCAGGACUCCUGUCCGUCCCAGAAACAGGAAGUUCCCCUCAGAGACUUGGCGGUGGACCAGCCGUCUCCUGGGACUCUGGUCUGAUCACCAGCCAAUCAGAGGAACAGACUUGGACGGACCCCGGCCCGGUUCUCUGGGCCUCCUGUGAUUGGGUGAUGAUGAACCAGCUGACCCAGUUCAGAGACUACCCGAACACCCAGACGCCCCAUGCACCUUAAAGACAGGUACGCCUCCCCAAGACCUUCAUCUGACCUGAGAGGGUCGGCUAAGGAUGACCAUCUACUCAUCAGAGUGUUCACUGGUCUCUGGAAGAGCCACAAACCUGAACCAGAACCAGAACCUGCCUGAACCUAGCGGAGGACCAAUGGUUUACCGCUGUUGGAGAGAACAGCGUCCAACUGGAGUCACUGGUUUGGGUAAAGAAGGAACCCUGAGUCCCUCACUUCUCAAGGUUCUCGUAUCGCCACAGCUGGACUGUGGAGCGCCAACCGUCCAAGUUCUGGGUUCCUGGUCCUCAGACUCUGCUCAGACAAUCUGCACCCCCUAAAGACAGAGCUUCACCUGCUCUCUGACAUCACCAGCUGACAUCACCAGCCCUGAUCAGCUCAGGCGUCUACCUGUUAAAGCCUCAGGUGAGUCCAGACGGGAAGCAUCAGGUAACUUUGCAGUUUGGACUCAGAAUCCCUGCACUAUGAAUCCAGCACCGAGUUUCAUCCUCAAACCAGCAAGACUGGACCUGCAACAGGACCGGACCGGCCCGGUUCUGGCCGGCUCAGAGAACCAAGAUCCAGAACUUCUUCAGGGAAACCGGGUCCAGGAGAAAGUUCUGGUCCUGCAAAGAGACAAUCCAGAUCUCCAACAAGUUAGGAAUGUCACCAGAACCUGGAGGAAACCCUGUCCCGGAUCUGGACCUCCAUCUUCAUCUGGACCCGGAUCUGGGCCCGGAUCAGGACCUGAGUUCUGGGCCCGGGUCAACUUCAGGUCAUAAUCAGGAAGCAGGUUUAGUCUGAAGCAAUAAGAGGAGCUUCGGGUUUCAUGUUUCAGAGCUUCAGAACAAAAGAACCCAAAAACGGUCAGAACGACAAUCAGACGAUGAUGUCACAGCGGUGAUUGAUUUCAUCAUCGAUUGACUGUUUGGUCUCGUUUUCUACGGAUCUGAUGUCAUCUGAUUUUAUACAAACUUUUGUUACUGAAAUGAUGCUUUUUAAUGCAGAACAUAAGUUUUAUUGAGAAGAAUCAGUGUUCACACACACCUGUCCUCACACACACACACACACCUGUUCUGUUCACACACACCUGUCCUCACACACACACACUUGUUCUAUUCACACACACACACCUGUUCUGUUCACAC